AUGGCCCCCGCUCGGGGCCGCCUGCCCCCGGCGCUCUGGGUCGUCACGGCCGCGGCGGCGGCAGCCACCUGCGUGUCCGCGGCGCGCGGCGAAGUGAAUUUGCUGGACACGUCGACCAUCCAUGGGGACUGGGGCUGGCUCACGUAUCCCGCUCACGGGUGGGACUCCAUCAACGAGGUGGACGAGUCCUUCCGGCCCAUCCACACAUACCAGGUGUGCAACGUCAUGAGCCCCAACCAGAACAACUGGCUGCGCACCAGCUGGGUGCCCCGCGACGGCGCCCGGCGCGUCUACGCCGAGAUCAAGUUCACCCUGCGGGACUGCAACAGCAUGCCCGGCGUGCUGGGCACCUGCAAGGAGACCUUCAACCUCUACUACCUGGAGUCGGACCGUGACCUGGGCGCCAGCACACAGGAGAGCCAGUUCCUCAAAAUCGAUACCAUCGCGGCCGAUGAGAGCUUCACCGGGGCCGACCUGGGUGUGCGGCGCCUCAAGCUCAACACAGAGGUGCGAGGUGUGGGCCCCCUCAGCAAGCGUGGCUUCUACCUGGCCUUCCAGGACAUCGGUGCCUGCCUUGCCAUCCUGUCUCUCCGCAUCUACUACAAGAAGUGCCCCACCAUGGUGCGCAACCUGGCCGCCUUCUCGGAGGCGGUGACGGGGGCCGACUCAUCCUCGCUGGUGGAGGUGCGGGGCCAGUGCGUGCGUCACUCCGAGGAGCGGGACACGCCCAAAAUGUACUGCAGCGCCGAGGGCGAGUGGCUGGUGCCCAUUGGCAAGUGCGUGUGCAGCGCGGGCUACGAGGAGCGGCGGGAUGCCUGUGUGGCCUGUGAGCUGGGCUUCUACAAGUCGGCCCCCGGGGACCAGCUCUGCGCCCACUGCCCUCCCCACAGCCACUCUGCAGCCCCUGCCGCCCAGGCCUGCCGCUGCGACCUCAGCUACUUCCGUGCAGCCCUAGACCCACCGUCUGCAGCCUGCACCCGCCCCCCCUCGGCACCAGUGAAUCUGAUCUCCAGCGUGAAUGGGACUUCUGUGACCCUGGAGUGGGCCCCUCCACUGGACCGGGGCGGCCGCAGUGACAUCACCUACAAUGCCGUGUGCCGCCGCUGCCCCUGGGCCUUGGGCCACUGCGAGACAUGCGGGAGCAGCACCCGCUUUGUGCCCCAGCAGACCAGCCUGGUGCAGGCCAGCCUGCUGGUGGCCAACCUGCUGGCCCACAUGAACUACUCCUUCUGGAUCGAGGCUGUCAACGGUGUGUCUGACCUGAGCCCAGAGCCCCGCCGGGCUGCCGUCGUCAAUAUCACCACGAACCAGGCAGCCCCGUCCCAGGUGGUGGUGAUCCGCCAGGAGCGGGCGGGGCAGACCAGCGUCUCGCUGCUGUGGCAGGAGCCAGAGCAGCCCAAUGGCAUCAUCCUGGAGUACGAGAUCAAGUACUACGAGAAGGACAAGGAGAUGCAGAGCUACUCCACCCUCAAGGCUGUCACCACCAGGGCCACCGUCUCGGGCCUCAAGCCGGGCACCCGCUACGUGUUCCAGGUCCGAGCCCGCACCUCGGCUGGCUGCGGCCGCUUCAGCCAGGCCAUGGAGGUGGAGACCGGGAAACCCCGUCCCCGCCACGACACCCGGACCAUCGUCUGGAUCUGCCUGACCCUCAUCGCUGGCCUGGUCGUGCUUCUGCUCCUGCUCAUCUGCAAGAAGAGGCACUGCGGCUACAGUAAGGCCUUCCAGCACUCGGACGAAGAGAAGAUGCACUAUCAGAAUGGGCAGGCACCUCCACCCGUCUUCCUGCCCCUGCACCACCCUCCGGGGAAGAUCCCAGAGCCCCAGUUCUAUGCAGAACCCCACACCUACGAGGAGCCAGGCCGGGCGGGCCGCGGUUUCACCCGCGAGAUCGAGGCCUCUAGAAUCCACAUCGAGAAGAUCAUCGGCUCCGGAGAGUCCGGGGAAGUCUGCUACGGGCGUCUGCAGGUGCCGGGGCAGCGGGACAUGCCCGUGGCCAUCAAGGCCCUCAAAGCCGGCUACACGGAGAGACAGCGGCGGGACUUUCUGAGUGAGGCAUCCAUCAUGGGUCAGUUUGACCACCCCAAUAUCAUCCGCCUUGAAGGUGUCGUCACCCGUGGCCAGCUGGCAAUGAUCGUGACCGAGUACAUGGAGAACGGCUCUCUGGACACCUUCCUGAGGACUCACGAUGGGCAGUUCACCAUCAUGCAGCUGGUGGGCAUGCUCAGGGGAGUGGGCGCCGGCAUGCGCUACCUCUCGGACCUGGGCUACGUCCACCGCGACCUGGCUGCCCGCAACGUCCUGGUCGAUGGCAACCUGGUCUGCAAGGUGUCUGACUUCGGGCUCUCGCGGGUGCUGGAGGACGACCCCAACGCCGCCUACACCACCACGGGAGGGAAGAUCCCUAUCCGCUGGACGGCCCCCGAGGCCAUCGCCUUCCGGACCUUCUCCUCGGCCAGCGACGUGUGGAGUUUUGGGGUGGUCAUGUGGGAGGUGCUUGCCUACGGGGAGCGGCCCUACUGGAACAUGACCAACCAGGACGUCAUCAGCUCCGUGGAGGAGGGUUACCGCCUGCCCGCGCCCAUGGGCUGCCCCCGCGCCCUGCACCAGCUCAUGCUUGACUGCUGGCACAAGGACCGGGCCCAGCGGCCUCACUUCUCCCAGAUCGUCAGCGUCCUGGACACGCUGAUCCGCAGCCCUGAGAGUCUCAGGGCCACGGCCACUGUCAACAGGUGCCCGCCCCCCGCCUUUGCCCGGAGCUGCUUUGACCUGCGCGGGGGCGGGGGUGGCGGCGGGGGCCUCACCGUGGGGGACUGGCUGGACUCCAUCCGCAUGGGCCGCUACCGGGACCACUUCGCUGCUGGGGGUUACUCCUCUCUGGGCAUGGUGCUACGUAUGAAUGCUCAGGAUGUGCGUGCCCUGGGCAUCACCCUCAUGGGCCACCAGAAGAAGAUCCUGGGCAGCAUCCAGACCAUGAGGGCCCAGCUGACCAGCACCCAGGGGCCCCACCGGCACCUCUGA